AAAUCUGCCCCUCAACCCACGCUGUCACCCCAUCACACUCACCCACUCUUUCUCUGGGCUCAGGAAGAGUCCGUCAGCUGGCUGCCAUGAAGACCGCUCUGGCCCUGCUGCUGCUGCUCGUCUCCCUGGCCUGCCACAGCCACGCCCUCAAGUGUCUCACGUGUGUGGCGUCCAAUGAGGAGGACUGCAUCCGGCAGGGCUCCACCUCCUGCCCUCAGUAUGCUGACUCCUGCUCCACCAUCACAGGACCCAAUACCGUGAUGAAGUCCUGCACGUAUAAUUCUUUCUGCCAGAAGGCUCACGGCUCCGACUCAGGGGCCACGAUGGAGUGCUGUUUCGGGGACGACUGUAACGGGCCCCAGCGGAUCCGCAGCCAAGGGAUGCACCAUCACAACAGUGCAGGGGCUCCGGCCUCCAGCCCCAUCCUGCUGAUCCCGGCCCUGCUUAUUUUCCUCAAGUGAUUCAUAAGACGAUCCAUCCAGUCAUUUGACAGCUGGUCCGUCUCUCUGCUGGUUGUCAGUGAGCCCCUCAGAGAUGUUCAAUCUAAGCUUAGAAAAAAGUGCACUGAAAGCAAUAAUAUUAGGUUGAAAGCAAUAAUAUUAGGUUCAACUUAGUACUAUUGCUUUCUUCUAACCCAAUGCAGUUAUGUGACAUUUUUUUGUUGCCUUUGACUGUUUAUCUUUUUCUACUAUCAACAAAAAUAAGCUCAUCAUCUUUUUAUAUUAUGGUUCUCUUUCAGGUGAUGUAAAGACGUAAAUGCUAACCUGAUAAGAUGAGAGGGUUUUUGGUGAGUAAGUGUGCACAAAGGGAAGUACAACUCCACAUGGUGUGUGUCGUGGUUUUGGUAUGUGCCGCUUUGGUAGGUUGUUUGCAGCUCGCUUGAUGCCAAACAACCACAUUAUUAACCUGUCAGGGAAACAGAACAGAAGGGUAUUUUAACUACAAUAUUAUUUAAAUGUGUAAAUAAUUGUAUACAUGUGUAUUCAGUGCUUGAUUUAUUACAUUUGUGUGCAUGCAAGCUUGUCUGAAAUAAAGACAUAAUCAAACCCUUUUGUGUAUGCGUAAGAUUGCCUUUGUGUUUAUUUAGUGUCCCUGAUGUAAAAGCACCCGGUUAAGAUAAAAUAAUCUGAAG